AUGCCUGAGUAUGAGCAUUUCCUUCUUAAUACAGACUAUAAACAACUCUACACAACUACGAAUAACUGUCAUACUUCAAGUGCAGCAACUACAACGGCAGCUACAACAACAAACGUUUUCUCUUUUGCCUAUAACAACACAACAGCAACUUCAACGAAAUCAGCAGCACAAACAACAACAUCGACCACAAACUCAUCUAUUAUUGGAACAACAUCAACAAAAUUUACUUUUAAUCCAAUGACUAAACAAUUGUCUAGCAAUACAAACACCUCAGGAGUUACAAAUGCUGCAGGAGCAGCUGCGGUGGGAGGAACUACUGCUUCCUCCGUUAAUGGUGUAGUCGUUGGUCCAGCUAAUGGUGCCAUCUUUCUACAUACAAAUCUAACUCCUACAAUUAUAUCACCCACAGCCUCUUUAUCACCUGCAACAACAAACACUUCCUCCCCCAUAACGGGUACUAUACCCAAGAAAACACAAUUGCAAAUACCCUCCCACAACCACUCUCAUUUAAUAACUCACAAUUGCCAAACAACAACUACAGUAGCAGCAGCAACAACUAUAUCACCCACUGGCAUAAAUUCCACAUCCUCCUCUUCAAUAAAUCACUGCACAGCAACUAACACCUCUACAGCAUUGACAACAGCAUCAGCGAAGGCAACACCUAAAAAAUCUUCAUCAUCUUCGUCUUCAUCGAAUGAUGCCAAUGGUCGUUCGGCUGCCUUAGAGCGUGCCUAUGUUCAUGAUGUCUAUGAGAAUUGUGAGGAGCCAACUGGGUCAUUACGACCGCGUGUUGCUCAAUUUCUUAGUAAUUUAGAAGCCGGUUCAGUGGUCUGUGAUGUUGGCUGUGGCAGCGGUCGUUAUUUGACACAAUGUAAUCCCUCAAUCUGUACGGUGGGUGUGGAUCGUUGCUAUCGUUUGAGUCGUGUGGCCAAGGAAAAGGGCGGCGAGGUAAGUGUUUAG